CGGCGGCUUUACGGCUCUUGUGUUAAGGUUUUAUCAAUCCUAAAUACCGCCUCAGUAUGCACUAGGACAACUUUACCGCAAGGGGCUGUCAAAGGAAAGACUUCAUGGUAAACACUAAGCUGUCAAAGAGGCAGCUGCGACUUUUUUGGCUCCUCCAUGGCUUCACUCAGAGACACUUACGGUCACCACACACCUCCGACUUUCAGUUUCUUAGUAUUGGCAGUGAGAACUCUGAGGAAAGACUUGUCUCGUGGAGAGUAAUUGAAAAGAACUCAGAUGAAGAAGAAAACACAUGACCAACAGAGAAAAACUACAAUCACAGACAAAUGAGACAAGAGACGUGAAAAGCAGUUUCAUGUCAGAGAGGACACACUCAGACUGAAAGAGAAGUUUUGGAGUUGAAUGACAGAAAGUUACUGGAGGAGAGGGUAAGGAAACAUCUGGAUGAUCUCUGGAGAUGGCCUCCAACUUCAACGACAUUGUCAAGCAAGGCUAUGUGCGCAUGCGAAGCCGAAAGCUCGGGAUUUACCGCCGUUGCUGGCUAGUUUUUAAGAAAUCGUCUAGCAAAGGACCUCGUCGAUUGGAGAAAUACCCUGAUGAGAAGUCUGCCAACAUCAGAGCCUGUUCUAAGGUGACAGAAAUCAGCAAUGUUAAGAGUGUCACACGGCUUCCUCGGGAUACCAAGCGACAGGCAGUGGCCAUUGUACUAACUGACGACACCUCACGCACUUUCACUUGUGAAUCAGAACUGGAAGCAGAAGACUGGUUCAAGACACUGUCAAAUGAAUGUCUGGGAACGCGGGUCAAUGACAUCAUCAUGGGAGAACCAGAUCUCCUGACAGCUGGGAUGCAAUGUGAACACACAGAACGCUUUAAUGUCUUCCUCCUACCUUGCCCCAACUUGGACAUCUAUGGAGAAUGUAUGAUGCAGAUCACUCAUGAGAACAUUUACCUUUGGGACAUUCACAACCCCCGCACCAAGCUGGUCACCUGGCCACUCAGGUCCUUGCGUCGCUAUGGACGUGACGCCACUUGCUUCACCUUUGAGGCAGGAGGGUGUGACAGCAAAGAAGGUCUCUACACUUUCCAAACCAAAGAAGGAGAACAGAUCUAUCAAAUGGUUCACUCCUCCACAGUAGCGAUUGCUGAGCAACACAAGAAGGUUCUGCUGGAGAUGGAGAGAAAAAGCAGAUUGAUGUUUCGAGGUUCAGAAUCAAACUCCUACCCAUCGACCCCGACUACCAUACUGCCCAGAUCUGCCUACUGGCACCAUAUCACUGGAACUCACGUUGACAUGGACUCUGUAGGCGGUAACGCCUCAGAAGAGCUGCUGCUGUCAGCUUGUCUUCCAACGGAACGCUACGCAUCUCUGCCACUUGAAAAUAUGCAUGCACAGUCCCAGCCACAUAUACGUGCACAUUUUACCACACUUUGCACUUUUCCUGGACAGUAACACAUUAGGAUUCAAGAAGGUUGAUCGUCAAUUCUGCACGUUUCUCUCUGACAAGACACACCGUGCAGUGAGGGUCAAGAAUAAGACAACACUUUUAAGAAAGAUGCCUAAAGUAUUAAUAAUUAAAUUAACCCUGUAAGCCAGUGGUCUCAAACACACGGCCCGCGAGACGUUAAUUUGCGGCCCGCACCUUAAUAUAAAAAUUUUAUGUUAGUGCGGCCCUCGAGCUUUAUAUGAAUGGCGCUUUACAUCGUCAUACUUGUAUUCCCACAAUUUUUCCGGGAGACUCUCAAUUUUCAGUGCCUCCCCAGGGGUAUUCAUUCUCUCGAAAAUAUCACCCUAACAGCAAUAUUAAGGGGGCCUCGUGGAGGCACUGCCUUUAGCAUCCUCUACAUCCUGUGCAAACACUGUGCCAGCCCAGCCACAACUCUUCCGGGCUACAAUAUACACCCCCCGCCCCCCAACCCCGCGCCCUAUGGUAGCCCGGAAGAGUUAGGGCUGCAUUGGAUUCUGGGUAUUUGUUCUGUUGUGUUACGGUGCGGAUGUUCUCUCAAAAUGUGCUUGUCAAUCUUGUUUAGUGUAGUUUCACAGUGUGGCGCACAUUUGUAACAGUGGUAAAGUUGUCUAUACGGCCACCCUCAGUGUGACCUGUAUGGCUGUAUGGCAGUCACCACUGUGGGUCUGCAGAAGCCUCAUUCAAAAUGUGACUGUUUGUAUGGUGGAAAAGCGGAUGAGAUGGCAGGUUGCAGAGGACGCUAAAGGCAGUGCCAUCACGGCACGCCCUUAAUGUUGUUGUCCGGGUGAAAACAGGGAGAAUGAUUGCCCCGGAAGAUUAACGGGAGAGGCACUGAUAUUCCGGUGUUACCUGAAAAGAUUGCAAGAGUUGGCAAGUAUGUUGCUAUGGCGAGAAAGCCAUUUAAAGAAGGUGAAUUUAUUAAAAAGUGCAUGUUAGAUUUUUUUAAGAAAUCUUUCCUUGCGGCCCAGCCUCACCCAGUUUUUGCAUCCAGUGGUCCCCAGGUAAAUUGAGUUUGAGACCCCUGCUGUAAACAAUGUUAAUAUUCAUAAAAUUUGAAUAAAUAGGAGUGUAAAGAUAUGGUGUAUUUUACAAUGCAGAACAUUCAUUUUGGUACGAAAAUGUACUGAUUUCCAACAUAGCACACAAUAAGUGAGGAACAGGAAGUGUUUAUGGUAUCACACUGUCUCUAUAAAAAAAAUACAAAGUAGUGUUUGGCCAGUGCAGUGUUUCUCAAAUAGUGGGUCGGGACUUGGGAUGGAACGGUUUAUGAAAAAACCCCAACUUUUCAGUUCACCUUGGACCACAUGUGUUGAUCAGGUCAUAUGCAUUUGCAUAGAAAAAGCAGAAAAGCUGUGGCCAAAUUUAUAUGGUAGACAUAGCAAGGUGAAAAAAUAACAUACAGAUAUAAAGGAUGCACCUGUGGCCUAAUCGAGGGUUUCCCCAUUGUAUAAGUGAUCUCUUUUUUACUUGUAUUGCCAAUCUUAUGCAACCAACAGGCCCAAAUGCAGCACACAGUCCCUCCUGAGGACACACGUCCUUCUCCGUGCUUCACUUCCAGGCAGACGAACAUUUUCUCAUUCUUUGCCUAUCCCCUUUCAGGCAUGAUAUGUUCAAAAACAUUCGAACUCCUAACAUCAGUAAUACAUGAACAAAAGCAUUAACAACAUCAGGUCGUUAAAGUAUAAAUAGAUGUGACUAUAUGAAUUAAUAAAUGAAAAUAUAACCUAUUUGCGCAGUGACACACCGAAAAUUCGGCCGCCGAAAAAAGAAUUCGAUCACCGGAUGUCGGGAAGACGUAAGCAAUACACUAGGGAUAGUCCUGGAGCUGCAUGUCUUCGAUGUUGAUGUAAUUUAAUGGAGCCAAAAUAGACCUGUGGACAGUGAUCAACAGAAUGUGCAAAUAUUAAGAGGACAUCGACGUCUUUUAAGGAGAGAAAAUGCAGCUGUCGCUGUUUGUCGCAGGUAUCGAGCAACGGAACAAAAUAGUCUCCAAACAUGAGUACAGUCUCCAAGAACACCACGAAAAGAUGAUUGACUUGUUGCUUGUUGUUUUUAAUAAAGAAAAAGUCACUAAAAUAAUUGGACAAGUCUUUGAAUAAAGUACAUUUUACAAUAAGCAACAUUUGAAAAAUCAACCUAAACGAUAUAAGAAAAAUACAUUUUGAUACUAUUAAUUACACUGAUUUGUUUUUAAAAGUAUGUAUAACUUUUUUUUAACCUUUUAAAGAAAAUAUACGCAUUAUCGCAUAUCAUCUAAACUAUAUGAUGACGUGGCAGCACAGUCUAAGAGGGACAAGCAGUAGAAAAUGGAUGG